GCAGGCGCUUCUGCUCAGUGCUGUACCAGAACGACAUGGAGGCUCUAUUCUUCAAUGUAGACAAUGGCUUUCUGGAGGGAAUCAUUCGAGGUUACAAGGCCGGUCUGCUUACCCAGACUCACUACUCAAACUUGACGCAAUGCGAGACUAUUGAAGACUUCCGAACACAACUCUCUGCAACCGACUACGGCAACUUCCUCUCAAACGAACCUCUACCCAUCUCGACCUCGACCAUAACGGACAAGGCGACACAACUAUUGGUAGACCAGUUCAACUUCUUACGGAGUAAUGCUGUCGAACCUCUGAACAAGUUCUUUGACUACAUUACAUAUGCCUACAUGAUCGACAACGUCAUUCUGCUCAUUACUGGAACGCUUCACGAGCGAGAUACCCAUGAGCUUUUAGAGAGGUGUCAUCCUCUCGGUGUAUUUGAUACAAUGCCUGCGCUGUGCGUAGCAACCAAUGUCGAGGAAUUGUACCAUAGUGUGUUGGUCGAGACACCACUAGCACCAUAUUUCCGCGAAUGUCUCUCAGCCGCCGACCUGGACGACCUCAACAUCGAAAUCAUCCGUAGCACGCUCUACAAAGCGUACCUCGAGGACUUCUACGCCUUCUGUCAAAAGAUCGGCGGACCCACGGCAGAUGUCAUGGCUCGAAUUCUAUCUUUCGAAGCCGAUCGUCGAACCAUUAACAUUACCAUUAACUCUUUCGGUACCGAACUCUCCAAGGAACAACGUGCUAACUUGUUCCCUACCAUUGGUCGAUUGUUCCCUGAAGGCAAUAACGCGCUUGCACGUGCAGACGAUAUUGAACAAGUACGAAUGGCCUGCGAAGGUGUUUCGGAGUACCGCGCGUUCUUCGAUAAUUCGUCUUCGUCUGCAAGGACCAAUGGAGGUAACGACAGCACGGCUCACCUCCUUGGUGACCUCAGCGACGACUCUGGCCCUGCUGCUGACCUGGAGGAUCGGUUCUUCUUACAUGAAGUCCACCUCAACAAGCAAGCGUUUUUGCAGCAGUUCCAAUACAGCAUCUUCUAUAGCUAUGUGAAGCUAAAGGAACAGGAGAUCCGAAGUUUGACAUGGAUAGCGGAGUGCAUCGCCCAGGACGCCAGGGACAGGAUUCAUGACUUCAUUCCUACGUUCUGAUAAUGCUUUACCGAGACUGUUUAUUUUCGAUCGCAUGGACUUCAGGUCUUCUGGAUAUCCCCUUCCGUUUGUUCACAGCUGUAAUUCACGAUACUAUCGGUAUGGUAUGUAGCACGUCAGUGACAUUACUAUUGUUUGCAGCGCUCCGCAAAGACGACAGUGAAGAUUUGGAAUGGCGCCAAGGCGCUGGUCCAAAUUAGACAUCGGUAUGCCUAUUGAGACACGGUACAUUGACCAGGUUGCUUUAAGCAAUACUCAGCGACUUCACAAGCCUGAUGUAUACAGUACAAGAGGGAAUCAUCUGGGGUAUGUAAUAUUCGUGGAAGUCAGUAAGGCGGCACUUCCGUCUCUAUAUGUUCUGCAAGUCAUUAAUCCAUUGUGCUCUUUAUCUUCAGACUGUGUCUGUCAGAAGACUUGCUUCAGCACUCUCCACUAGGUUGGUUAUUGUUAUACAGCAAUAUGACAUUGAUCUACCAACGUACCAGAAUGCGCAUAAUAAUUACAGCUACAAGGAAUGCUCAACUAAGAAAAGAUGUGGAUGACAAGACGGGUAAACAGGGAGGAAACCUAUAACACAUGCGGCACAGAGUAUAAUGAUACAAACGCAACGGAUGAUACAUACGACGACGAAGUAGAGAUUCAAGGCGGGGAGUUUCGAAUGUGAGGAUGCUGACGAUGAGGACGAAAAGGGAAUAUGUUCCAUACUAUUGAUAGCUCUAUUGUUCUGAUGUUUGUGAAUCGCAGUCAACCUUUCUAAUAGAAGCGC